CGGCAGCGCGCGUUUUCUGCACUCUGGGGAUGGCGGAGGGAGGUAGAGUGUGGGUUAGCGAGGGAAUAUCCGAGAGUUGGGCUGCUUCGGGUGUCUGUUGUGGAGUCGAGUAGAGCUCCCUUUCUGCGGUCAGGGGACCUCUCAAACCUUCCUCUGACCUGGGGUCUCUCGAGGGCUGGUGUGGGUUUUCUGCAGAGGUGGGAGGAACUCCCCCGCAUCCCCCAUUGAAGUUGAUGCCUUUGUUUGAGGAAACAGACUUAAGCCAACUCUCCUUUCCAGGGUCUGUUCGCUACUUAAACGGCACAGAUGGGCUUGGGUUCCUCGUUCCUCAGGCCUGAGUGGGCAUUGGUUCUAGUCACACAGCUUUUUCGGGUUUAAGAGGUAAACCAAGAUUUUAUUUUCAAGAUGGAAAACCCAUCCGACUCAGGUGUGAUUUUACCUAGCACUCCGCGGGCUUGCGUCAAACCACCAUCUCCCCGGACGAGUAGCACAAGAAAACAACCUAUGAGUGCAACACUUAGAGAACGAUUGAAGAAAACUAGAUCUUCAUUUAAUUCCUGUUACAGUGUGGUGAAACGUCUUAAAGUAGAGAAUGAAGAAAACGAUCAGACUUUUCCUGAGAAACCAGCAUCUUCAAUAGAAGAAAACUGUUUGGAACUUCAAGAAAGUUUUAAACACAUAGAUGGUGAAUUCAAAGAAAGUACAUAUUUGAAAAAUACCUUCAAGUGUAUCAGUGCAUGUGAAUCUAAAUCUCUUGAUACUGAGUCUUGCAGUGAUCUCCAAAGUGACUUUGUGAAUGAGAAUCUUCCAAAACAAGGAUUAAGUGAAGAAAGAGCGAAAUUGGUGAAGCAGAUUGAGGAGAAAGAAGACUUUCUUCGGAGGCUAAAACUGGUCAAAAUGUAUAGAUCAAAGAAUGACCUGUCUCAGUUACAGAUGUUAAUACAGAAGUGGAGAAGCUGUAGCCAGCUGUUGCUUUAUGAGUUGCAGUCAGCUAUGUCUGAAGAGAACAACAAACUCAGCCUUACUCAGCUGAUAGACCACUGUGGGUUAGAUGAUAAAUUACUACACUAUAACAGAAAUGAAGAAGAGUUUAUCGGUGUUUAAUUCAUAAUUUUUUUUCCAGAAUAUUUUUGAGAAUGACAAUUAAAAGAUAAUACAUUUUAAAAGGAAGGUGGAAGCCAUUAGGGCCUAGAGAAAGGUAUCUUGAUGAACAUCAAUUUAGGGCACUCUGUUAUAUAAAUAUAAAAUAAGUUCUAAAAUGAAAAUUUAGUAUUUUGGAUAAGUUUGCCAAAGAAAACUUGACAUUUAAAGAAAUGUGAAAAAAAAUUAAAUCAUGUUUAAAAAAUAAUUUGGUCAUUUCUGGAAGUCAAAUUUAAUACAUUGUUUUGUUUACUGUGGUAAAAAAGUUCUAUUUUUUUUAAGGUUUUAUUUUAAAUGUUAAAAAAUACUUCAGUCUGGUUAAUGUCUAAACCUGAAGUGGUCUAAAAAUGCCUGCCUGUCUCCUAAGUUUAUGAACCGUGUUUUUAUCCAUUUACCACAUAUUUCCUUCUGCAUGGUUGUAGCAGGUAAUUAAAGUUGUUCAUAUGUCCAAAAUUUUAUUCUUCCCUGUCUUUUCAAAUUUGUUUAUUGUAUUCUUCAUCUCAUUUAGUGAAAUCGCCAUCUAUCUCUAAAAACAACAUAUGCUCAUCCCCCACU